UGUGGCGGAAACUUUAUCGUAUCUUUAUUAUACGCGAAGCUUAGCCGUGAAUAUUCAGUCAGGGUUGAGGAAUUGUUCUUGUAAAAUGUUUUUCUUUCGAUGCUUGACAUCUGCAGUUUUCUUCGCUGUGCAGUUGCAGUUGUUGCAGUUGCUGGUCGGCGUUGCAGCUGAAAUUGUCGCCAGGAAAGGGCUGUAUCCCAAUUUGGAAAGAAGCAGCUUAGAAAUUCCAGAGCUAGAGCCAGUGACAAUCACUGAAGGCGAUUCAUCCUGGGGACAUAAAAAACUGCAUCCCUAUUUAGACCAUUAUACUACGGCCUCUCCACCAAAUGUUCACACGCUUUCUACACUCGAUUACGAAGACAAAGACGAUCAGUUCUCAACAUCAGCUUUAAAGCAAUUUUUGGACAAUUAUGCAGAAAAAAUCCGAAAAGAAAAGUUCCACAAUGUAACAAAAAAGAAUAAUGUACAGUCUACAGUAGAUAUUCAAGAAGGUAAGGGCAAUAAAAAGAGAUAUAAUUUGAAAAAACCUGAGAAGCAGAAAAAUCCCUUUGACGAUAAGGAUGGAUGGGUUUCUUUAGAGCCCGUUCCAUGGUCAGUAUCCCAAGUGUCUAGAUGGAAAAAUAUACUACCAAAACCUACUGAGCAUGUCUAUACCUCUCAAGAGGAUGAGGUUCCUUGGGAAAACUACUCAGACUAUCCCAUCAUGGCUAGUACCCCACAAAAUUACUAUAAAUACCCAAACUCUUUGACGACCAGUCACUAUCCAGCAUUUCCUGAAGAGAUCAAUAUAUUUAACAGGUUUAAAAAUAGACUUAACAAACCUGCUAUGAAGAAACCUACAACUGAGCUUACGUUAGCAGAUAGCCUUAGCAUAAACUUUAUGCCACAGAAGCUAAAUAGCCAAAGCUUAAUAAUAAAUAAAGAUCAAGGUAUUAUUACUGAUAAUGUAUCUCCGAAUUUUCCGAAACAUGCUGCGGACUUAACUAGGAGACAAGGAACGGAGAUGUAUCCUGAAGAUCAUCCUUUUACAGGGAAUGGAAAUUGGGUACUCCUGUCAACAAGCAAAGGCUACAAGUACCCAAAGAAACAAAGAGCCCUAAAAAUAACACCGCAAAUUAACGACCACAUAUCUGUCCAACUCACUGUUCUUCCACCUCGCAAAGAUUCAAACAUCAACAUGACAACCUCGCACGGAGGUUUACUGCAGGUCGAGUCCAGUUUUGAACCUGUGGAGGAAUCACAACAGAAGCUGCAGCGAUUGCAGAAACUACAGAACCUACAUAAAAAAAUACAGAAAGUACAAAAACAGAAGGUUAAGAGGAAAAGGCCGGCGAACUUAAGAAAGAAGAACAAGAAGAAGGUGGAAGUACUGGGGACUAUAAGCCAACCGAUUGCGAGGAGUACGAACAGUGACAGCAGCUCAGUGUUAGCAGGAGUGGGGGCUGGACUGAUCCCUGCUACUAUGGCUAUGUUCGUGCCAAUGGUGAUGAACGGUAGGAAGAGGAAAAAGAGAGAUGUGAUUGCUUUUUAGUUUAUAGAGUAUUGUUAAUAGUACAACUGUAUGAAGUGGAAACGUGGGCUCUAAGUGAGCUUGUACUUAAACGCUUGGAAGCCUUUGACAUGUGGGUAUGCAGACAACUACUAGGAAUAAGCUCCAGAGUCGACAGAGUUAGAAAUGAAGAGGUCCUUAGACUUCUAAAUGAAACAACACAACUGGUCAAUAUAAUAAUCAAGAGACAUAAACUGGUCUACUUCGUCACAUUACGAGACAACCUGAAAAAUAUGAACUUCUGCAUCUGAUAAAUCAGGGGAAGAUCCAUGGUCAACGUAGUUCUGGUAGAAGAAGAACAUGAUCACUAUUUAGAGCUGCUGUCAAUGAAGUCACUAUAGCGAAUAUUAUCAUGGAAGCAGAAUAAAAAAGAAAAUAGGCAGUACAAAUCAUAGUAAAUACCUGAUUUUAGGAUCUGGAGAUAUAGUUUUUUGUACAAUUGUCAGAUCGUCUAUGGAAUAGAUAUAGGCUAUAGCCAUGCUGUUAGUUGAAAAAUCUAAGGGUGGUGUUUGUAACCUGGGAUAUCAAAUUCUCACAUUUUUGGGGUUGUUUUUCUUCUUCUUGUUGAUUUGUAUGUUAGAAUAGGUCUUACUGUUGUCUUGUAUACUUUUAUUUUGAAAACAAAAUGUCGAAACCCAAAAGA